AUGGGUGAUGUCGAUGUUCCUCCAGACCACUCUCAGGCCUCUAAAGAUGGGGUGACCGAGGAUAUCAUGCCAUCAGGACAGGGCCCUUCAGAUCAUUCUUCUCCGGAUUCGAGAAAGCCGCUCAUCAAACCACCCACCCAGCCGCUAGAAUCUUCACAUAUAGCCACUCGACCACAUUCUGAGCGUCGAUCAGCACCGCAUGGAUAUCCUGGACCUGGGAGUCAUAGAGCGUUACGAACGGCACUUAACAUGGCUGACAUGACUUCUGCAUUGCCUUGUUACCAGGCUUCCGCACGACCUUUCUCUCAACAGAACGUACACCAGCAAUUUAUCCAUACACAUCAACCGCAAGGGAUUAUAUACCCGGUUCAUCAGAUGCCGUAUCUCAAUCAAAAUGCCUCCGGGGGCACGAUGUAUAACCCGCCCUACUCGCCGCCGUAUCACAAUCCAUACAUACAGCAACAGUCGCAGCUUCAAUUAGGCUACUCGCCAUACCAUGGCUCCCAUAAUCAUCAAAUUGGUGCCGCCAUGCCCCCGCAGUCAUCUGCAUUCAAUACCGUAUACUUCACACAAAACCCGUAUGGCCCAAGUUAUGGAGAAAUGCAAGCAACAGUUAAUAUUCGAAUGGAGGGACAACCAAAUCUUACGAAUGCUGAAUAUCGCCGAUCCCAGCAGUUUCAGCCUUCCAACACGAAAGAGUCAGAGAAGAGGAAAAGCCCAGCACAUUAUGAUGUGUCUCAAACAAUUGUUGAUGGGUCGUCGUCCAUGAAACAGCCUCGGGCGUCUGUUGUCUCAGUAUCAGCACGGUUGCCACUUGUAACCAUAUCUAACACACCACCGCGAGGGCCACCAAGGAAGCCAAAACAGUCCGGUCACGCUUUGUGGGUAGGAAAUCUUCCCCCAUCGACAAACGUCGUUGACCUCAAGGAUCACUUUUCCAGAGAUGCAACGAGCGACAUCGAGAGUGUGUUUUUGAUAUCGAAGAGUAACUGUGCCUUUGUGAAUUAUAAAACCGAAGCUGCCUGUGCGGCAGCAGUUGCGAGGUUUCAUGAUUCGAACUUUCAGGGUGUGAGAUUGGUGUGUCGGUCACGUAGAGGUGCAGGUGCAGGUUCGGGUCAGAAUAACCCCCCAUCAGCUCGGCCGGGUGACGAAGGACAAGCUCCAAGCGAGGAUGAGGAUAUGGCGACAAAACUUGUAGAAGAGCCGCAUGCAGGCCACGCUCAUCGGCCGUCAAGAGUUCCCGAGAGGUUUUUCAUCGUCAAGAGCCUCACAGUGGAGGAUCUGGAAUUAAGUCGCAGGAGUGGUAUCUGGGCAACACAGACUCACAAUGAAGCUGCUUUGAAUCAAGCGUACGAGUCUGCGGACAAUGUGUACUUGAUAUUCUCAGCCAAUAAAUCUGGAGAAUAUUUUGGCUAUGCCCGAAUGGCCUCUGCCAUCGCCGAUGAUGAGACUCUCGCUCUUGAAGUUCCUCCACGACCAGAGAAUCCUUCGGCGGAAGCAGACGAUCUUGAUGUGAUGUCUACUGAGGCGACGACAACGGCUCCAAAGGGACGGAUUAUCGAUGACUCGGCACGGGGGACCAUAUUUUGGGAGGCGGAUUCGUCUGAGGAUGACGGUGAUAGUAAGGAGGACGAUAGCGAAAACGAGGAAAACGAGGAAAACGGUGAAGACGAGGUGGACGACGAUACUGCUAGGAGCGAAAGAAGCACCGCGGAGUUAGGUGGAGAAGACGCCAAUUCUGGGGGUCAGACAUUCGGAAAGCCUUUUCGGAUCGAAUGGAUGUCGACCGAGCGAGUUCCCUUCUAUCGGACGCGAGGGCUGCGCAACCCUUGGAAUUCCAAUCGCGAGGUCAAGAUUGCUCGCGAUGGCACUGAGAUCGAGCCCAGCGUAGGGAGGAAGCUGACUCAGCUCUUUCAUGUCCCAUCCAACGUGAUAUCCAGUUUUCAGCGGCCUUAUUGA